AUGGGUUACGACAUGCGGGAAGGCACAGUCGUACGCUGGCAUAAGCAGGAGGGCGAGGAAGUAGCCCGCGGUGAAGUAAUCGCCGAUAUCGAAACCGACAAAGCUACUGUAGAGUUCGAGGCCUUCACGGGAGGAAUCCUGCACCGUCAGGUGGCCCAGGAAGGCAUACCUGUUGCUGUCGGGGAUGCCAUCGCGGUCAUCGCCGAGCCCGGCGAAUCAGUUGGAGCCGCCUACUUCGAAUCAUCGGUCUCCGAAGAAAUCCCCGAACCAGCUGUAGCUGAAACUGUCCCGGCAAAAGCCUUGGAAGCUGUGCCCGCACGGGGAGAUGGCGAGGUUCGAGCGUCUCCAAUUGCACGCCGACUGGCCCUAGAACGAGGUAUCGACCUUGCUCUGGUAGCCGGCACAGGCCCCGGCGGAAGAAUCGUGGAAAAGGACGUCCUGGAGCACAGCCCGGCAGCUGCAGACAACAACGAAAUAUCUAAACCCGGAGACUGGGUGAAGGCCUCACCACUGGCGCGCCGCCUCGCCCGGGAACAGGGAAUUGAGCUGACAGCCAUUCAGGGGUCUGGACCUGAAGGACGCGUGGUAGAAAAGGACGUUCUGGAAUAUGUUGCCCCUGCUGUCCCAACCACGGAACUCGCUGGAGCCCCUGGUGCAGCCCCACCCAAAGUGGCAGCCCUUGCCCAGGAAGCGGAAGCUGGAAGCCGGGUGGAACUGUCGCGCAUGCGCCAAGCCAUUGCCAAAGUUACGGUAGACAGCAAGCAGCAGGCUCCCCACUUCUACGUGACAGCCGAAGUUGACAUGGCAAGAGCAAUGACCCUGCGUCGGGAGAUAAACGAAGCUCUUCCUGCCGAAGACCGUGUAAGUGUCAAUGACAUGGUGGUGCGGGCCUGCUCCGUAGCUUUGGGCCGCCACCCCAAGUUCAACGCCUUCUUCCGCGAAGAUCAUCUGCAGUUCAACGAUGCCAUCAAUAUUGGAAUUGCCAUUUCCCUUGAGGCUGGACUCAUAGUUCCAGGGAUCAGCGGCUGCGGAAACAAGUCGCUGGCGGAAAUCGCUUCAGCCAGCAAAGACCUAAUCACUCGGGCUAAUAGCGGCUCGCUGCGCAACGAGGAAUACAGCGGUACCACCUUCAGCAUCAGUAAUCUGGGAAUGUUCGACGUGGACAGUUUCGCAGCGAUAAUUUUUCCGCCCCAUGCCGCAGUCCUGGCCGUUGGUACCGUAAAAGAGCAGCCGGUAGUGCGGGAAGGGCAGCUAGCCGUUGGCCAGGUCAUGAAGGCCACUCUGUCCACCGACCACCGUGUGGCCGACGGCGCCGAAGCCGCUCGCUUCCUGGUCGAAGUAAAGAGUCUCCUGGAACAGCCUAUCAGCCUUCUCCUGUAG